AGGUCAUGGCUUCAGAAUCUAACAUUUAAAUUCACUCCAAAUCACCGAGAGGUGUGGCUGCACACAUGGCAAAUUUAGGUCUCCACUGUGUUUGUCUCCUUUUUCUCUUGUUGCCACUUUCAUCUUCCCUUCUCAUUUGUUGUACAGAUCAUUGUCCAUAUGAUGACACUUCAUAUUGUUACAAGGCGUGUCCACCUUCCAGCAACUCUUGUGUUCGUGAUAUACACUAUACACAUCCUCCAGCAAGAGUUGUUAUUGACAAAAUUGGUUGCAGCAAUGUUACAUGUGAUACCACAGGCCCUGUUUGUAUCGUAAAUGCUGCUAAAAGAACUCAGCAUUGCUGUUGUACUGAUGAUCGCUGUAUUAAUCCUGUGGGUAGAGCUAAUGUGGCACUAGUUGAGUUAAUGAAGCCAAAAUUCAGCUAUCAUUUAAGUCCUCCAAAUGAGCCAGUACCAAGUACUGAACCAGGUAUAUUAGUGUGUGACCAUUACAACUGCAGUGGUACUGAUAAGUGUCAGCAUUAUUAUGAAAUGUGUGACUGUAGCAUAAAUGAGAGGUGCUCCUGUCAAUCUUUAUAUAGAGAAAAUUCCACUACCAAUAAAAUUGACAUUUAUUAUAAAGGUUGCUCAGUAGCAAACACUUCUGCUACAACUCCUGAUUGCAUUAUUGAUGUACCAUUCAGUGGAGCAUUAAAGAAUGAAUACACAUGCUACUGUAAUGAGAGCCUUUGUAAUGUCAAUGAAUCCAUUACUCACCCAACUAGACUGAGCAGUUACGGAUUUAAAGAGUGUCUCUCUUAUAACUGUGAGUACAACUGUAACAUAGUUAACAACGCAAAUAUUAGCUGCUCGUGUCCUGCUGGAUUUAUAGCAACUGGUUUAAAAAACUGCAGUGAUGUGAAUGAGUGCUCGGUUGAUAAUGGUGGCUGUCAGCAGACAUGUGUAAAUACUAUAGGAAGCUAUUACUGUGAAUGUUUUGAUGGAUACUUGUUAGAUGCUAAGACUUCAUUAUGCUUUUACAAAUCCAGUACAUUUUACUGUUCCUAUUACGUUGAUCCUGAUAUCAAGCUAAAUGAAAUUGAUAACAAUACAAGGAUUGGAUCAGUUAAUUGUGAUAACACACGAUCUUGUUAUACUAGUCUUUCUUACAGGAAUGAGGAGUGGUAUCUUAGUGCAAUGACUUGUGGUCUACCAAUAGGGACACCUCUCGACCCAUUCCCUUGUAACAGUUCUUAUUGUUUGCUCCAAAAGGAUGCAAAGAGCCAAAGGUUGCACCAGUGUUGCUGUAAUGAAAUAGACUGCAACAAUCUAUCACGGAUUUCUUUUGAUCCUUUCACUUCUUCAUUAGCCAGUAUCAGCAGCAGCAGUGCUAUUGUUGUAGCCAGUAUCAGUACCAUUAGUAGCAGCAGUCUACUUUCUGUAGCCAGUAUCAGUUUUACCACCAGCUCGAGUCAACAGUAUGUGGUUCCCACAGUUGUUGCAGGGUAUGAGCCAUUAGUUAGUGGAGUCGUCUCAUUGAUACUUGGUUCCAUUUUCUUUCUCAUAGCUCUAUUGUUACUAUUUUUAAUGGGAUUCGUUGCUGCUGCUCUGAUUUGGAAGAAUAAAAUUAAGAAGAAGCAAAAUAGAGCUACUAUGCCUACACAGGAACUUCAAACCAAUACAAUUGAACCCAAUAAAGCUGUUGUCUAUGAAACAACAUUAUAAUUAAAUUUUUUGUAUAA